AUGAUGGAGGCGUCUGCAAAUCGAAUUUGGUUUGCCUACGUUGCAGACUACAAGUCGGUGCCAGCAUACUUGAAAGACCGAAUGGAGCUUCAACUGGGUGGCUAUGGCGUGGGGUAUCGUGGCAUGUGUCGCUUCAGGUCGGGUCCUAUUUUUGUGCAGCCAGUGAUGAAAGGCUUUGACUACGCUUGGACCUUGGACACGGAUGGCUAUUUUCCUGCAGAUCUCCACUCGGAUCCGCUUGAGCGGAUGUGGCGUGAAGACCGGGUCUACGGCUAUUCACAUGUGUCAAGAGACCAGGCUUCUGCUGUCCAGCAUUUCUGGGAGUUCUGUCGCUUGUACUUUGAGUCCAAAGGCAUCGAUGCAAAGGCUACGAAGAUGAUGCGACGCCUCACAGAUGCACUGGUUUUGCGGGACACCUACUGGCACGAAUGGAAUCGGGUGCUUUUCAUGAAUGACAUCGAAAUCACAAAGCUGUCGUGGUUUCAGAGCGAGAGGUACCAGGACUUCUUUCAAUUUCUGGACUCAGUGGGUGGGUUUUGGCUCUACAGAUGGGGAGACCACGCAGUUCGGACCAUUGCCAUUGCCCUUUUUCUUGAUCCAGAUUUGCUGAUGAGGAUGCAAGUGCCAUAUGGUCAUCAAAACACAUGCCGCUGUGGAGGUGAAAGACCUGAAGAGGUUUGUGUACGUGCUUCGACAUCGGAUUGGUGGCGCUGUAUCCACCGUUCGGAAGUGAGCAGCCUACCUCCAGGAACCAUCGUUGCCUCUGGUGAAGUAGAGACUGUGAAGGAGGAGAUUCUCUUUGGCGGUGAGUAG